AUGGGAUUCCAGCCCGAAAUGUUCACACAGACCGAACGCACGGGUCACUAUAUCAAGGAGAUACUAGAUUACUUCACCAGACACGACAUUAACUCCGUCAGUUUAUACAACACAAUAAGAUGUCUAAUAUGCACCGGGUUACGUACCCCCCGUACAGUCGGUGAUCUCUUUGGGUUUUUCUUGUAUCUUGGUGAGAAAAUGAAUAAUGGUGGUAGUUCCCCUAGUGUCGCUGAUGCCAUUCAAAAUGAAUCCGCGAAUAUACCAUGGAAUUAUAAAGGUUCCAGCUCCAUCACUGACGCUGUUAAAGCCCUAGUUGGCGAAAAACAUACCGAGAAGUCUCACAACUCCGAGCCCGACCUCUACACCCUCUACAACAGCAAAUGUGACAAGAAAAACAAUGGCUACACCUGUGGCAAGUACCUCCAAUCGCUCUCCUAUAGUAUCUAUCGCAAUAUUUCUACAACUUUCGCUAAGUCCUAUCUAUCACGUAUUGUGUACCUCACGGAUGUUCUCAAAGAAGGUCUUGAAAAGUUACUAGAAGACUUCAAAAAGAUUACUUGUGAAGGCUGCACCCACUGUAACGGCACCGCGGGCAAUUGCCACUCCAACAAUAACUGCCAAUGUGAUAACGUUGUCCAAUGCGCCGGCGUACUAGGCGUCCUUUAUAAGUUUGGAUUCACAUAUACAAGCGCCAGUGGAUUAAAUGGUAAAUCCAACCCCUCCUACAAACGCACCUGCUCCCAAUUCUCCCAGCAACUCGACAAAGUCAUCAACGGCGAUCCAUUCAAACAACUCCUCUCAGCAAUCAACAAAUUCCUCUACCACAUCCGCAAACCCUUCUUCCUAUACCUCCUUACCUUCUGGCUACUCGCCAUCAUCUACCUAACAUACUCACUAACAAUACCACUCGACGUUCUACAUCUACGGUCACAUCUACGCACUGCCGUGCUUACACCACUAGUACUACUCACCAACUACACAUAA